AUGUCUCCGACAUCCCCUAGCGCAUCAGCACGAUAUUGGCUUUUGAAAGCCGAGCCGGACACCCGCAUCGUUAAGGGAAAAGAUGUCAAAUUCAGUGUCGAUGACUUUGAACGCGUCAAAACAUCGCCCUGGGAAGGUGUACGGAAUUACGAGGCGCGAAAUCUGAUGAGAGAGAUGAAAGAAGGAGAUAAAGCUCUGUUUUAUCACUCCAACUGCAAAGUGCCAGGCAUCGCCGCUUUUGCACAGGUUUCCAAAGAAGCCUAUCCAGACUACACUGCUUGGGAUUCAUCACACCCGUACUUUGACCCUGUAAGCCAAUCGCGCUCAUCUUCCCUCAUCCAGAAAUCAGAACUCACGUUUCCAUCAUCCAUUUCCCAGAAAUCAGAUUCCGAAGAUCCCAAAUGGUUCAUGGUGGAUCUAACCUUCACAUCUCGCGCACCGCACUUCGUGCCACUUGCGCUUCUUCGAAAGAUUGCAGACCUGGCGCCCUCGCAGGGUAUUCCGGAGGAGGUCGGUUAUCUGGGUGAAGCUGGGGUUGCUUCAAUUAAAAACAUGGAUCUGGUAACACGGGGGCGUCUGAGUGUGCAGCGUGUCGAAGAAGGAGCGUGGAAAGCUAUCAACGAGCUGGCAAGCCGCGGAGGAUGGGAGGAGAUGGAUCUUCGACCAGGAAAGAAACUCGAGAAGGCCAAAGAUGGAGAACCAAAAGCGAAGUCAAGCCUUAAAGAGAAAGCGAAGCCUAAACCUAGAAAAAAGGCGUCAGAAACUAAGGAGGACAAUAGCAUGUCAAAUGAUACCAAGACUCGGGUAGACGGCGACAAGGAAAAGCCUCUUGGGAAAGCCACUGAUGAGAAGAGAAAGGUUCCAGCCAAACGAAAACGCGAGGCUAAAGCUGAACCUGACUCUGAGGUGGCAAAUGAACGUGAUGGCUUGAGGCGAUCUACACGAGCCAGGAAAUAG